AUGGUGAAGAAACUUUUAUUUGCCAAUGAGGACACGGAAGGUUCAAAUAUUUAAUGCGAGAUAGUUAUUUCAUUAUUUCUUCAGAUAUUUAUUAGCUUUCGGAAAAAAUACUGGAAAUGGUGAAGAAGCUUUUAUUUGCUAUUGAGGGUACGGAAGCUACAAAUAUUUCAUGCGAGAGUGCUGAAUUUUAUGCUCAUUCUUAG